GCCACCGGCUCUCUGCACGUCAGGCCAGUUUGCAUGGCUUCAUCCUAAAGAUCAAGACCUAUAUGGUGUGGGAAUGGGACGUAUCUGAGUGCUUCCGAAUUUACCUUGCUUUGGGAUGCGAGAAAUAGCCGUUAACGGUCGUUUUACAGUCUGAACCAGGUGCACUGUGGGUAAAAAGUUGUGGUGUGUCAUUUUCGGCGAUGCUUUUAUGCGAAGACAACCCUGAGUGAUUCUGAUGAGCCGGAAAUUUGUAGAAAAGGAGACUUACAUUGAGGACAGAUUGGAUGCAUUUAUCACCAGAUACGAUGAACAUGGUGGAUGAUGGCUGCCUCUCAACGGACAACUACCAUGAUCUGGGUAAAGGCGGCGCUCCGGGGAUGGGAGGCCGCGUGCACAGCAUCGACGUGAUUCUGGGCUUCAGUAAGGACCAGGAUCCUCUGCUCAACCCGGUCGAACCUGUCGGGACACUCAAAGUGGAUGGAGCAGAUCUGGAGAAACAAGUGACCUCUGACCCCUACGGCCACCUGCAAAGUCUUCCGGAUAAUUCCCAGCAGUCAGCUGUGUAUCACGAUACUGGACUUUACUCCACAGAGAAGUGCGACGCAGAUUUGGGAGAUCCACGGAGCAAUGUGGAGAGCGACAGUCGCUCACCAGACGCUCCUGAUGAGGAUCAACCUAAAAAGAAACACAGACGCAACAGAACCACCUUCACCACCUAUCAGUUACACGAGCUGGAGCGCGCCUUUGAGAAGUCCCACUACCCGGAUGUGUACAGCCGAGAAGAGCUGGCGAUGAAAGUCAACCUCCCAGAAGUUCGUGUUCAGGUUUGGUUCCAGAAUCGACGUGCAAAAUGGCGGCGACAGGAAAAAAUGGACUCGGGAAGCAUGAAGCUCCAUGACUCGCCAAUGCUGUCCUUCAACCGAGCGGCCAUGGCGCCCAACGUUGGGCCGAUGUCUAACUCUCUUCCUCUGGACCCCUGGUUGUCCAGUGCCACUCCCAUGCACAGCAUCCCAGGCUUCAUGGGACCCGGCCAAAGCCUCCAGCCGUCCUACACGGGCCACCCUGGCUUCCUGAACACUUCUCCAGGCAUGGUGCAGGGAAUGCAACCCAUGCCACCACCUCCAUACCAGUGUCCAUUUAAUGACAAAUACCCAGAUGUGGAUCACGGCUCUAGCAUCGCAGCUUUGAGGAUGAAGGCCAAGGAGCACAUUCAGUCCAUGGACAAAACCUGGCAACCCAUGUAAUGGGGAGCCAGUGUUGGGGAUUUCAUAGACAUUUGGAUGCAUUUAAAAAAAAAAUGACUAGCAUCAUUAGGGUUCACCCGAGUUUGAUUUGAAGGACCUUUGAGAAUAUUCUCUUAACACAACAUACUUGGAUUUACGCUGAUGGUCAAACCUGCUUGGUGCAUUGCUUUCAUUUUGGCAACGAACAAGGUUGCCAAAUCUGCACGGAAUGGGGCUAUUUCUGCUCUGGGUUGUUUUUUAGUCCACAGUUUAAAGCGAUCUCGUCCACCCCGGAAUGGAAUUAGAAAAUAAAUUGGGCUGUGUUUAUGUGCAGACUCAGACAAAGCACAGACUGUUUGGGAUCGUGGCAUCUAAAGCAAGGCGUUUCUUACUUCUACAAAUGUCCAGCUCCUCUGGUUUCCAGUCGGUGACAUGCUUCUCUGCUCCUCCGGGUCGAAGAGUCACAAUAACAAGUUUGGACCAUUUAACAGGAGAACGCAGCUCAGGACAACUGAUACCUCAAUGCCACGUUCAGAGGUUACAUUCAUGUUCUACCAUCUAGACAUGAGAAAUGAUUUAAGAAACCAUUUGACUUUGUUUAAAGGAAAUGACUUCGAUCAAACAAACUUAAACCGAGAUACAGAAUGAUUUUAGAAUUGUAACUUUAAAUGAGUAUUUGCAUUAUCAUGUUUCUAAUUCAAUAGCACAUGUUUCACCCGUGCCACAUUCCUGUUUGCCAUUCAUCAUGAUCAUAUAGUCAUCUAAAAUGAGUCUGAGGUUUAACGUUUCAGUGUCUGUGGGGGCUGUUUCAAACACUGAUGGGCAAAUUCAAAAAUGGUGAAUGUUUAUGAAGAAAGUUUGUUAUAUUUCACCCCAAAAACAAGAGGACCGUAAAAUAUUCACUUUGCAUAAUUUGAUAUCUUAAUUAAAGAUGAAGUACUAGUAUUAUGGAAUUGAAAACAUCUUUAGUGUUUAAAUCAAAUCAAAGUGUCACAGCUUACCCCAAAUCACACAUCCACAGCCAACAAACAAACACUGAAUAGUGAUUCGGUCCAGGAGUUCAGUUCACUUCAAUUCAAUUCAAGUUUAUUUGCCACUUUAAGCAAUUUUAAGAGAUCCUGAAACGAAGUAAGUGCAAACAAAAAAAAAAGACAAGAAAAACAGGGCAUGUAUGAUAUCCACAACUGCUUAGCAGAAGCGUUUGCAAUGCACUUGAAAAAGUAUUUUGGACAGACGUCACACUAAAAAUGGAUUUGUCCUUGCAUUAGAUAAAAAAAUAUCAAAGCAAAUGACAUUUAUGUUAAAUAAAGAUAGUUGAGUACACUUUUCCAGCAAACAAUUUGACAGAAACAAGUGAUAAAAUGAGAGAUCUAGAAAAAAUGUAGACUAAAAAGCAGACAAUUGAUCUAUUGAAUGACAUUCACAAAUACUGUCUAAGGACUUGUCAUCAGCACAGAAGCUUUGUGAGGUCAUUAGCGCAUGCUGUCGUAGCAGGUGUGUGUGUGUGUGUGUGUGAGGACGCAGAACGAGCGGCUCCCCGCCGGGACUCUUCAUUGUUUAAGAUUAUCGAUCGCCCCUCUGCUCUGAAUUAACGGGCGUCCCAGCCAGGUGUCAGAACUGCUGCAUGUCAUUUAAAUGUGCAACACUGUCCCUCCAAACAAACUGUGUCUUAUCAUUAUCCUUCUCAGUUCUAGCCGGUGGUAUCAUGAUAUUCUGAAGACUCUGUGGGCUCUGUAACUAUGCAAAGAGGGAAAAAAAUAUUAUACACAUUUUUUAUGCACUGUGAUGAUGCAAAUGGUACAAAACUAAAUUGUUUCUACAGUAUGUGUGACGUUUUGUUUAUUUUGUAGGUGUGUAUUCAAGAGUGUUAUUAAUAAAAUAGAGUUCUUAUUAAAGCACGGUUUAUGGAUUUCUGUGAACAGCGAUGAAGCCAAAGAAGAUAGUAUUUUUUUUUAAAGACGUGUACACUUAGACCUAGAGCUGGUUUCUGUCACAGUCGUUGCAGCUUUAUCAGUGCAUGCAUAUAAAUUGUCUUUAUGUUUGUUACAUUGUUUUGGGGGCGGGACAUUUGAAUGUUAUUAAAUGUCUUUAGAAUUUUCUUUUUAGAUACAUUUGUUGAAUUUUUUGCACUAACAAUUGGAAUAAAGAUGAAUGAUUAAAAUGCA